AUGGAGAAGCUCACUGCCGUUGCAGGCUGCUUGCCUAAGGAGAAAGCCGAUGUCACCGUGUCAGCCCCUCUAUACAUCGAAGUUGGACCAAGUUUACUGCCCUUGCAGAAGCGAAGCCUUCUGGAGCUUAUUCAAAGGCGCACGAAAUCAGUGCACAAGUAUAUAUAUACACAAGACAAAAGGAACGGAAGACUGAUCAAGCAAAAAAAGACUAAAAGAAAACACCAUGACUCAGUGUGCUACGCCAAGGUCGGCUGCUUCGAUCGCCUUGGCGGAAAGUUUUCACACUCCGCUUCUAGCCCUAAGCCACCAGAAGUCAUCGGCACCACAUUUUCACUCUACUCGCGACUUAACAAGGAUAAGCCGGUGGUACUAGACUACGCUGACAAGGCCACGUUCAACGGGACUCACUUCAAGAAAACCAAGGAACUGGUGUUUGUUAUCCACGGCUUCAGUGCCUCAGCAUCGAAGAAGUGGGUGCUCAGCAUGAAAGAAGCCUUUUUGAAUCUGAAGGAUGUUAACCUUGUAUUGGUCGACUGGAGCAAGGGCUGUAAGGCACCAAACUACAUUUCGGCGGCUGCAAACUCUGCUUUGGUUGGCCGCCAGGUGUCCUUGCUGAUUCAAAAACUUAUACGCGCGUAUCCACACACAGUGACAGCCUCAACAACCUACCUUGUUGGCUUCAGUCUUGGAGCACAAGUUGCCGGAUUCUGCGGGCGCCACUUCUUCAAUGCGACCAGAACCAAAAUUGGGCGUCUCACUGCGCUGGACGCAGCCGGUCCACUUUUCGAGAACCGUGACUUCCAAGUAUGCAAAGAUGAUGCAGAAUAUGUAGAUGCUAUCCACACGAGUGCCGGAAAUAAAAUUCUUGCAGGACUACUCGGCAUCGGGAGUCCCUUUGGCCAUGUCAACUUUUAUCCAAACGGUGGAAAAUCGCAACCUGGUUGCUGUUUUUUUGACCUGAUUUGUCACCACCGCCGCUCAGUACAGUACUUCAUCGAGUCUAUGGACAAGAAGCGACACUGCCUAUUCAAGUCGAGACCUUGUGAAAGCAAGGACAGUUUUCUGGAUUCCAAGUGCAAUCGUAUGGGGCCUCCCGGCGAGAUGGGUUAUUUCAGCCGUGACGCUAAAGGCCGCGGAGCCCAGUUCCUGUGGACCAACAAAAACAACCCUUUCUGCAAGGCCUGA